AUGCUCCCUUUAUGCAAGGAGACCAAGGAGGCAGGAAUCUGCCCCAUUUGCCAGGAGUGCCUGAAGGAGGCAGUGAGCACCAACUGCGGACACCUAUUCUGUAGAGUGUGCCUGACCCAGCACGUGGAGAAGGCCUCAACCUCCGGAGCCCUUUGCUGCCCUGUCUGCCGGAAGCCCUACUCUGAAGGGGUGCUGGGGAAAGGCUAUAUCUGCCUCAGCCACCAGAAGAGGGUGCGCAUGUUUUGUGAGGAAAGGAGACUGCUUCUGUGUAUGGAAUGCCUGGUGUCCCCCGAACACAAGUCUCAUCGGGAGCUGGCCAUUGAAAAUGCCAUCAGCCACUACAAGGAACGACUCAACCGCCGGAGCAGGAAGCUCAGAAAGGACAUUGGAGAACUUCAUCGGCUCAAGGCUCAGGAGGAGGAGAAGCUGCAGGCUCUGCAGCAGCAUCUGGACCAGCUGGAGGAAAUGUCAGCAGAGGUGGUCAGAAUCCUUGACAUCUCCAGGGCAGUAGCACAGCUCAGCAGCCUGGUCACUGAUCUGGAGAGGACAGCCAAGGAGCUAGAUGCCAACACACUGAAGAAUGCCAGUGACUUACUGAUAAGGAGUGCUCCAGAGAAAUUAGAGAUUAUUUAUCCUGAGCUGGAGAAAAAAGUCAAUGAAUCACUUCUUCAGCCCUCCUCCACAGCUCUGACCUGUUCACGCCCGGGCCACCUCAUUUCAGACUCACCUCGGCCUCCUCUCUCUCCUUCCUCCAACCUGUCCAGCCCCCCGUUAGGUGUACCCAAUGCAUCUUCAGGACCGCCAUCUCCUGAACGCUUCCCCAUUUCCUCAUACCUACAGACAUCACCUAAUGCCUAA